UCACUGUUGUCCUGAGGGUUUCGCAAAAUGGCCAGACCGCCAUAUUGGCUUCGUCUGUCAGAAAGUGUUGAGUGCUAUAACCUUUUCUUUAGUCAGUUAGAGGAGCUCUUGGUUUAGUGAUGGGUGCAUCAUGGAUUACUUAAUAUGCACUCUUAACUAUCUGCUGGCUUGUUAUAGCGCCAAUUACAUUUCAGAGAUCACAAUGCCGUGGUUGAUGCUGUAACGUUAAGACACAGGCCUGAUAACGAAGGCCGGACGUUACGGUCCCUGCGAGGAAGCCGCCAUUGCUAACAGUUAGUUAGCUAACAUGUCUGGGAAUGCGAAAAUCGUAGUCACAGCAUAGAAACAUCCGCGGGUAGCGUUAUUUUGUAUUAUUUUUUUUCGUGUUUCAAUAGUGACCAACAAUUAGCAAAGUUAACAUAACCGAAACCAGCCAAAACCAAUUGGCUGCUCGGGCUAGCUAACUUUGUCGACGAACGUGUCGUUAUUGCUGUCACUGAAAAGAGGGGUUAAAUGACGAGGUGUUACUUCAACCCCCAGCGUCUAUCACCACAAUAUAACGUUAACUUUCUGUUAUAUACAUUUUGGAGUUAUAACUCAACAUUCCAUUUUGAUAGCAAUGUCACGGUAAGCCUAUUCUAAAAUUAUACUAGCUAAACUAACGUUAUUACUUAGCUAACCGUUAACCCCAACCAUAACGUUACGUUAAGUAACGAUGGCUCGCGUGUAUUCAGUUACACAUUAGCGUAACGUUACUUGGGGGCCAACUGAAGAUGGUUAAGUUAGCUAUUUGGCUGCGAUGCUAACUAGUUGUUGAUCAACCGUUGCAAAUUUUUAGGGGUUGGUGACGUUGACUUUAGUUGACUAGACUGUAGUGAAGUUAAGUUACAGUGCAUCAAGUGGUUCGUUUUCGGAAAUAAACUGAAAACCCGUGUCGGCUCGUCUUGUAAUCUACUCUCCAUAUUUGUCGGCCGACUGAAAUCAGCGAGACUUUUUUUUUUUUAGCCACAUAACGUGACUACUGGUGGUGGGGUUACUGUUCAGUGUGUGCACACUGCACAGUUUGAGACGGGCGGGUCGUGGGGUUCGUAAUCCGGCUGCGGUUCAACACCUAGCAGUUGGUUUUACUACGGGACGGCCUCUCGUACCGGUCGGCCAAUGGAUCGUCUCCGGAUACCGCGGACGUCACAAGGGCCUGUCUGAAUGUGCCAGGACGGAGCUGAGAGUACGGGGGAUCAUCUGUAUCUGUGAGGGAUCCGCCGAGAGCUACAAGAUGGCAAGUGUGGCGGUAAUUACUCCGGACUCCUCCCAGGAUAAAUCCAGCCGCUUUUAUGUGAUGACCUGGAUCAACAACCUGCUAAAGACAGACUACAAAGAUUUGCAGCAGAUGGGUUCAGGUGUAUCUCACUGUCAGAUCAUGGACAUGGUUAUUCCUGGUUCUAUUGACAUGGACAAGGUAAAGCUCGAGGUACAAGGUGAGGAGGACCGCAAGCACAACUUCAGUCUGCUUAAUGAAGCCUUCUGCAAGAAUGGCAUCACAAAGACCAUUCCUAUCGAAGAGCUCAUUAAAGGGGAUUCCAAAAGCAACUUUGAGAUCCUGAAGUGGUUCAAAGCUUUCUACAUAGCAAAUAUGAAAAGUGAAGAAAACAACCAUGUGAAAGCUCAGGACAGCCAUGACAUCAGCCCUAUUCCAUCAUCUCCCCAAUCAGGAAAAUCUACAUUGGGAUCAGGCAAAAAGGAGAACGGCAAUGGAUCUACCAAAACAUUCCCUUACACUGAAAAGUGGAAUGAUAUUUUUGUUUGGGCUGAGCGUAGUCCUCUUGGAGAGGAAUAUACAUACUGCCACUCUUGUAGGAGGAGCCUCGCCACGUUCCAUAAAGGCCUUUUUGAACUCAAGCGGCAUGUAGAAACAAAAAAACACAAGAAGAGGACUCAAAUUUCAGGGAGUGCAGCCUGGCAAAGUAAACAUUCAGAGCCACUUCCCUGUAGUGAUGCAGCUAUCCGGUUUAUCUACAAACAGUGUUACACUGGCUCUGCGAAGGGUGAACAGGUGUCAAGACAUUUUGCACGCUAUAAACUGGGGUUGCAGUACCCUGAAGAUAUCAAAUCUAUCUGCCAGCACACCCCAUACUGUGUAUACAUAUAUGAGGGGGUUACACUGGAGAAGGAUGACACUGUCUCAGUGGUCCUUGUUGGUUUUUUUGAUGUUGAAGCCUCCAGGCACUGCAUCCGAUUCCUGGAUGCUCUUCAGUCAGCGGGUGGUGAAGAAGAUCAAACAGCGGCAGCAGUGGUGGAAAGCUUGAAGAAAUUCGGGAUACCCACAGAUAAUCUUGUCGCUUUUUACUCCGACAGUAACGGUGCAGCCUUGCAGCAGAUGUGCUCACAGCUCAGGGAACUCAACCCGAACAUAGUAGCCUUAGGAGGGAUGUAUACCAUCGCUGAUGCUUCUUGCCAAGCGGGGGUUAAGGAGCUCUCCAAUCAGAUUCAGGAGUUGAUGGUAGAUAUCCAUGCACACUCCUGCUCCUGCUCCACCAAAAACAAACACCUCGAGGCUCUUUUUGGCUCAGAUGUUAAAGCAGACAGUCCAUUUCAUCUCAACACCAGCUGCCUUAAGUUCUUCCUGUUUGUCACAAAAAUGUUGGAAGAAUGGAAAGAUCUGACAUCGUACUUCGAGUCUUGUGACAAGGAGGAUGACAAAGUCAAGUCAAUCUGCUUCCAGCUGCAGGAUCCCAAAGUCAGGGCAACAUUUAUGUUCCUGGAGCAGGCUCUGAGGCCCCUGUACAAUUUCCAAAGACACCUGCAGAAACACAAGGGGGCAGCCCGAGACGAUAUUCUGCUCAUCCUGGAAGAAGCCAGUCGCCUUCUGUGCACCUACACCUCCUACUUCCUUCAUCAUCAAGCUGCUGUUCACUUCCUCAAAGAGCGUGAUGCCCAGAUGCUUAAGAAUGAGAAAUUCCACCUGUCAAGCCCUGAGCUCCGCCUUGGUGGAAAAGCUGUGGAGGACUUCCUUAAUGAGUCAAAGGCUUCAGAGGCACUGUCACUGUUGAAAGAGGAAGCACUGUCUUUCUAUGCUGCACUCACAGGCUGCAUUGCAGAGAAGCUACCUCUAAGUGAGGUGGUGCUCAAGAGCAUAGCUGAACUGCUGAACCCGCAAAGCAGGCUCACAGUGAUAGGGAAGGCAGUGGAGGAGCUUGGGACCAAGCUGGGAGUCUGCUCCUCACAGCUCACAACUGAAUUCCUUGAGUAUCAGUUGGAGGGAUGGAGUGAAGAGGAAAAGAAAGACAACGCAGUGCUUUCACUGGAGAAAUACUGGGCCACCAUACUGAAGGACACCAAGCCAACCUCUGCCUUCAGGAAGCUUAUUUUGACCCUGAUGUCUCUCCCCAGUCCUCCACUUGAGGCUCAGCAGGUUUUUACUCAGGCCCUGGAGAAUGAAGAUGCCGCACCUUUCUCUGAGAGUGAAGCCUUAACAGAAAGCGAGUGUGAUGUCAUGUCCGACAGCACUCUUUCAGACAGCAUCAGCAGGAAAAACAUAUCACUUCGCAAAAAAGUGAAACCAUGUGAAGUCCGCCUUACAAAGAUAAAUCACCUCCAGAAUGAAAAUGGUUCCUUGUGGAACGAGGGGACCAAUAGGGGAAGUUUUGGCUGGGAGAGCAGCUUACGCCAGAAGCCACAGGCCCGUACAGUGUUUCAGGCUGGUGCUAGCAAGUGGUCCAACCCCGUAAAUCUCGAUAAGGACAGCAAAAAGGGUGUGGAGUCACGAGAUGAGGUGAAGGAGGAGACAUCACCAUCCAGUAAACCUACACCAACAAGAGGACGACGAAAACAGGCCUACCAGGAUGGGAAAGGAUUUCUGACAGGAGAACUUGUGUGGGGGAAAGUGAAAGGGUUCUCCUGGUGGCCUGGGAUGGUGAUGUCUUGGAAAACCAAGUCGUCUCCUCCGGGUAUGCGGAGGGUUGAGUGGUUCGGAGACGGAAUGUUCUCAGAGAUCUAUACAGAUGGUCUUCAGCCAUUUAGUGCCUUCACCAAGUGCUUCUGCAAAAAUUCCUUCACCAGCUUGCCCAUCUACAAGGAAGGCAUCUUCCAGAUCCUCGAGUUGGCAGGUGAACGAUGUGGCAAGUCCUUUGCUGCGGCAGAAGUAAAUAAAGAAAAAGAGCUGAAGCUGAUGCUGGACUGGGCUGUGGAAGGAUUUCUGCCUACAGGGCCAGAGGGAUUCUUACCUCCUGAUUCUGCUGCACAGCAAGAGUCUUCGGAGUCUGCGCUUUCUGACUACCAGCCUCCAGUAAAAAGGAAAUAUACUUUUAAAAAUAAGGCAAAUGCAACCCCCAUCACCUAUAACAGAGAAGCAAUACCAGAAAAGGUAAAAGAGAGAGGCAAAACAAUUGAAGAUGUUUGUUUGUCUUGUGGAUCAUCUGAGGUUGACGUGCAGCACCCGUUGUUUGAAGGUGGUCUUUGUCAGAAAUGCAAGGAGAACUUCACAGAGACGCUGUAUCGCUACGAUGAUGAUGGUUACCAAUCGUACUGCACUGUUUGCUGUGCCGGCUUGGAGGUCAUUCUGUGUGGUAACGCCAGCUGCUGCAGAUGUUUCUGUAAGGACUGCCUGGACAUCCUGGUGGGCAGCGGAACCUUUGACAAGCUGAAAGAUGUUGAUCCCUGGAGCUGCUACAUGUGCCAGCCGUCAGAGUGUGCUGGAAACCUCAAACUCAGACCAGACUGGCGUGUCAAGGUUCAAGACCUGUUUGUCAACAACAGCGCCAUGGAGUUUGAGCCUCACAGAGUUUACCCCUCCAUCCCUGCUGAUCAGCGCAGACCACUCAAGGUGCUCUCACUUUUUGACGGCAUCGCAACAGGAUACCUGGUCCUGAAAGACCUGGGCUUUAAGCUCGAGCGCUACAUUGCUUCAGAGAUUUGUGAUGAUUCGAUCGCCGUGGGGAUGAUAAAACAUGAGGGAAAGAUCGAGUAUGUCAAUGAUGUUCGUACCAUCACGAGGAAACAUCUGGCUGAAUGGGGUCCAUUUGAUCUUCUGAUUGGAGGAAGUCCAUGUAAUGACCUGUCCAUGGUCAACCCUCUGCGAAAAGGAUUAUUUGAGGGCACUGGGAGGCUCUUUUUUGAGUUUUACCGCAUCCUGACCAUGUUGAAGCCAAAGGAGGGUGACGACCGUCCGUUCUUCUGGCUGUUUGAGAACGUGGUUUUCAUGAGUGCUCAUGACAAGUCAGAUAUCUGCAGAUUCCUUGAGUGUAAUCCGAUUCUCAUCGACGCAGUGAAAGUCAGUCCGGCUCACAGAGCACGUUACUUCUGGGGUAACCUCCCUGGCAUGAACAGACCCCUCGCUACAUCUCUAGAUGACAAAGUGGCCCUUCAGGAUUGUUUGGAAUCUGGCCGCAAAGCAAAGGUUGACAAAAUCCGUACCAUCACAACAAAGUCAAACUCUAUACGGCAGGGCAAGAUGGGGCUACCUGUCAACAUGAACGGAAAGGAGGACUACCUGUGGUGCACCGAACUAGAACAGAUCUUUGGCUUCCCCAAGCAUUACACAGAUGUGAACAACAUGGGCCGGAGCCAGAGGCAGAGAGUCCUGGGUCGCUCCUGGAGUGUCCCCGUUAUCCGUCACCUCUUCGCUCCGCUGAAGGAUUAUUUCGAAUGUGAAUAACGACUGUGAACUGAAUGUUUGCUCUCAUGUCGGAGCUGCAGCUGUAAACAUUCUGCCUUAUCCUGCCGUGCAUUACUAGGUAGUUCAAAUUUUGACCUUUAGAAGUGAAUCCUCUGAGUUGUCAGUUAUCUAUGAGCCACUAUCACCAGCAGGCACUUUUGCUUUUUUGUUUCCAGGUUUACUUGACAAAUGUUGGUGCUGUUAUUGAAUAAUAAUGGUGCUCAGAACAUUGGCCUGAAUCACAAAGCAAGAUUAGACGGUUUACCAGCUAUCUUUGGGCUUAACUCAGGUUUUCCAGAACCACAGAGCUGGUUCAUUUUUAAUCUUUCAACUCCAAUGAAUUCUAUAGGAUCAGAUCAAAACCUGCCAACAGCUCCAUUACUGACCAGUCAUCAUAGUGUAAGAAAUCACUCUUCCUUUCCUCUGCAGGAUCCUGACACAAAACACUGAGUUUACAGUGAAAAAGGUGCAAUAGACAUUUUUGUGCAUAUAUCCAUAAUAGUUUAUAAUUAUACAAAAGCACCAACAUGUCACUCAUAUUUUACUACUUUUUAGUGUAAUGUACUACUUAUAGAAAUGCCUACACUGUAGCUUUGCUUUUAAUAUUUGGAUAUGAAUAUUUUUAUAUUGAUGGCCUCAUGAUACUCAGCGUGAUUCUCGUGUUAGACUCGUGUUAGAAUCCAGGUGACCCAAAGUGAGCCGUCGAUCUUGCUUCAUGAUCCAGUCCCCAGGUCUCUACCUCAACUCCUAUUUUUUUGGUUCAGAAUCUGCAGUUACACUUUUUUAUCCUCUGUUUAAUUUAUGAAUAUGAAAAAAAAAUGUUAACUGUCUUUUUUAAACAAUCUGUAUUUUAUAUUAUUUUAUCAUCUUACCAGGAAUUUUAAGUGUGAUCUAAUCAUGUUAAUCAGGAGCUGUGAUUAAUUUCUAUGAGUGUUUCGACUGGCCUUUUCUUAAAUUCUGCUUAUUAAAUACUAUUGAUCCACACUACAUUCAUCUCACCGUGGUGCACCAGUGGUUAUGGUCCAAAAUUCCCUCACUGGAUUUGCACAUUUUAUGUAUUUUACGGAAAAGUAAUUUGUACAAGACCAAAAAUAUCACGUGUCUACACAUCGAGAACAAACUCUCAUGAUUGUUAUCAAACUUUCAACUGCAGUGUUUCAAAUAUCACUGUAGUAAGAACGAUAAUGCAGACAUCUGACUUAAUGUACAGUGUCUUCUACUGCAGGAUCAUCCCUCCGCUAAAUUAACACAGUUGUUGGAUGUUAUAAUCAUGUUGCCACGGUGAUGAACGCUUCCUGACUGUUUUUACUUAAACUAAGCAGUCAGACAAACUUCUCCAUCCCCUUCAUGGUGGACUGAAACAUUAUGAUGGGUAGUUUUUCACAAUUCUUUUAACAAGUUACAAGCCAAAUAAUUUAAAAUACUCAUUAAGUUAAUUGGUUUUACAGUCCUAAAAUGUUUUUAUUUGGGUGGAAAAAACAAUACUUUUGUAACUGACUUCUUUUUUUACUGUUACUGUUUGUGACAUUUCAUAGGCCAAAAAAUUCAUCUUUCAAUCAUGAAAAUAAUCAGGAGAUUUAAAAGGAAAGUAAUUGUUAUUUCUAUAAUUACAUUUGUUGUUUUUUAAGAAUAUGGUCAGCAGUAAUUUUUAUAUAGCUUACAUGCAAAGCCACUAUUAUGUUCCUUUAACCCUUAAUGACACAUGUACCAUCAGUUUUGUGUAAGUGGAAUAUCUGGUAAUAUUUGCUUUUUCAUUCUUCAAAUGUGUUUGUAGUUCUCUUUAAACGUGGACAUCACUGUUCAGGUGUCCUUCAAUGCAGAUUUUAUGCACACCUGUUUUUAUUGUUCAAGGAAAUCUUGUUAACAUUACUGACAGGUAAGAUACUGUAUUCUUCCACCUGUAUGAUGGACAGGGCUUCAGUGAAUUCAUACUGUUCUGAGGUGGUCGACACUUUUACCUCAUUGAAUGUUUGUUUGGGACUUUUGAUUUCUGAAGGUGCUAUGCUAACGGUGCUAACUUCGCAUGUACAGCUUUAUUUCGUUGUGGUGGGUUUUUUUGUUUGUUUGUUUUUAGCUCUUCCUUUAAACAGCACCAGUUAAGGUGAACUUCUCUUGUAGACUGUUGUUCCGAUUGUUCAGUUGUGUGUUAUGAAAUUACAAAUGUAGGGAAAUGUUAGUGUGAUGUGUAGCUUGAUGAUAACAACAGUGGCAUGUGAGGACAUACUGAAAACAAGUGUACUUUUGUGCAAAACUGUGGCAUGACAAAGGGAAAGCUAGUUCCUGAGCCAACAUCUACUUUUGAUUUGUUUUAUUUCUUCAUCGUGACUAAUAAAACACCCAAAUCAGGACA